AUGAAGAGGAUACUGUUCGUGUCUUCACAGGUUGCUUCCAAUGGUCUCCCUGAGAGCUUCGUGAUCCUGGGCCUGCCCUACGUUGGGAAGAGUAGCGUUGCUGAAGCGCUUUCGGAUAGGAUCGAGGGUUCCUUCGUUGCCAAUCUACAGAAGGUUGCCGAGAAUAUGUCGGAAAAUCUAGACGCCGUGUCACCAGAAAUCCGAGAGGCACUGGACCCUGAGGGUCCGGGGAUUGAGAAGGCUUCCGAUGAGGUCAAGGCCCAGUUGAUGUCCAGCUUCGUCACGUCACAUUCAAGCGGUAUGGCUAUAUUUGAUGGCUAUCCUGGAAACGGUGCGAGCGCCUCGAUGAUUCUCGGAAAGGUGGUAGGUCUUCCGAAGGGAGUAGCCAUCUUGGAGGGACCGCCUGAGUUGAUCAGGACCAGGGCCGAGAAGGCUAUGGAAGGCGAAUUCAAUGAGGAGGCGUAUGAGCAAGCGCAAGCUGAGGCUAGGGCCGCUCUGGUAGAAUUCGAGGAAUAUUUGAAAGAAGCUGGUGUCCGUGUUAAACAUGUUGACAUCUCUGACGGCAACCCCAUCACUAAGGGGAGAUCGAAUCUGUGGUCCUCGCGGAGACUAUUGUCAAGAACUUCCUACG